GCGGUGGCACAAGAAGCAGCGUGAUGAAAAUCAUGCAAUCUUCUAUGCAGUAGUGGCCUCUUCACUUUCGCCGCAUUUUUAUCAGUGGUUCCGCCGUAGCUUUGACUCAAAACAAAUUCAAACAAAAAUAAAUAAGAUAGAAAGCACGCUUCUUUCGUUUGGUUAUACUAGCUAUAGGUUCACUUAUAAAUAAUAUGCAACUGCACCAUCAGUAUCAGUUUCACUUUUGACAUAGAAGCUCUUUGUUCACCUUGUAGAUUAUUCGUCCUUCAUCUUCCGAACUUAAAUACUGCCCACCAAAUGAUUUAAGUACAAAAAAAUGUCGAAGCCUUGCCCUUUCCGACUCGGGCAAAUUUGCUCGGUAUUAUUCAUCAGUAGUGUCCAGUUUUUGCUGGUGUUGAAGACCGCAUUAGGGGCUUCGUUGGGAAAGCAAAAGCCGUCUGGCUCAGGAGCAAAGCCUACAUCAGCAUGGGACCCGCCGUCGAGGUCGAACUACUGUAGUGACGAUGACCAUUUCAUCUACAUUACAAGGCCUCACCCUGAUCGUCCACGGAACAGGAUGAAAGGACGACAAGGCUCCUCGCAGCAAACGAGAGAACCAGGCCAAAGCGUCGCCACGUGGGCUCAGAGUCAACCAGCGGACGCAGAACCAGAUGCUGUCGCGCUGUUAUCGCAGCUGAAGUUUCCCUUGUCGCGACAACAGGUUAUUCUCCUAGCUGCCUACGAUGAAGAGUACCGCAACAGCGUCCGAGUUCCUUUCCGAAAGAAUGGAGACAUGGACCUCGACAAGCUGAUCGCAAGCCUAUGCGACGGAACGAACACAGUCAACUGUCGCUCGGUCAGCGAAGCAGCCGGCAAGCGCAUUGUUUCACGACGAGCAGCAGCGGCCCGGGUAGGAGCAGGUGCGAGGAUUCUCGCGACCGCAAGAAAAGCAGUAACGGGACACGAAACUGGUACUGGAGCCGCAUCUCCAGAUGAAACCUUCCGGAUUACUACAGGAGGUAGCAGUAAUCCCUGUACUAGUGUUGCAAGAACGUCUUCAGGUUUAUACCCGUGCCCGCCUCCGGAUGUUGAUGUAUCCACGUCGAUCUUCACGAAAGCAAGCCGACAAGUCGUUCAGCACCAGCACCCGACCACUUCCACUCCGUGCUUCUUGGCGGCGGUGCCACCGUGUCCCGCGGAAGCACCGCGUUACCUGGACGCGGACACGGCAUUGGAACACCUUCCGCCGAUGAUGCUGACCUGCGAAGCGCUUGAGCAACAGUUCUUACAGUUGCACCAGCACCAGCAGCGAGAAACGCUGCAUGAAGAUUCUCGUUUCCUGCAUAUUGAUAGUGACCAUGACCGUACGGACGUCGCGGCCACUACUGGACGAGAAGCAGAGAAGGAGCGCUUGAGCCUCAGCGAGCUUCUCGACAUAGAUGAAUCGGAUGCUGACGAAGAGAGCGCGGCUCAACAACGACAAUUCGCCGUGCAAGGAAGGAGCACUCAUGAUGCUAUUGGAGUUCACCAUCGUCCUGAACCUGAUGUUGUAGCCUCAUCAAGACAACAAGGACAACCAUCAGCAGAGAGUUUUACUUGUUUGCUGCCUCUGCCCAAAGAGCCCAGGACUGAUUUGAUGUCGCAAGACGAGGAAUCCGAAUCUGAUUACGGCUAUUGGACAGGCGACGAGAGCGAGCAGGAGUUGGGCCCGGCGUUUCUGAAGAAGAGACUAGGGUCUCCGAAAAUGAAUCGUCUUUCGGCUAGCAGGAGAAACACGUCCAUGAAUACUGCAGCCAGCACGGAGGUGGAUGAAACCGAAAGAGAAACCGCCUCGUGUACGGAGCGGGAUCCACGCGAAGAGCAGGCUUUGUCCUCGCCCUCCAUUCUUGGACCUUACGACUCCGAGUUCGAUCAGCAAAUGCGGCGAAUCGGAUCGAACGGCAACGUUUCGGUACUGUCUCUGGGCGAAGGGCUAGGGCAGCAGUCGACCUACACAUCAUGUUCACGGGCCGCCACUCCCACUCCGGGCGUCAUUUUUUGCAACGGAGAACUAGCGCGGCAUCGAGAUUGCUUGCUUACUUCUCAACUACACGAUGAUGGCCUCCAAACUCCCCCUCCUCCGUGGUCCGGUUCCAGCACGCCGCGACUCCAGUUGGAAGACCAGAUGCGGGAGAUGCAGCAGCGACAAGCACUCCAAGAUCACGAGAAAAAGUUCCGGGCCAAAGUUGCCGGCCAGGUUGCGUCCGCAGGUGCAGGCGGCAAAAGUGGAGGUGCCUUUUGGCCGCUGCAGCAAGAAGAAGGACCACCGGGUUUCUCCUCUUCGUCGGUGAGCUCUUCCCCGCAAGGGGGGCCGUCGCACAUGACUCAGCUCCAGCAAGCACUUGAAUCUCAUCACGCAGGACUGUUCGGCUCCCCGUUGCCACAUAGAUUUGAAGACCUAGAGCUGGAUCACCCGUUCCUCACGCUGACGGAUGGUGACUUUUCGACCUUUCUGCGUCAGAUGGAAGAUGAGGAAAUUGUCAAACACGCACCGCAAUCAGAGAUUGAUUUUUCAACUUUUAAUCCUUCACCUUCACAACACUCAACAUGGAAAUCCAAUCGCGCUGCCUUCGCUGCACCACCACAGAAAAGCCAGGACUUCAAAGUCAAUACUGGGGGAAAUAUGAUGAACUCGCCGACUGGAGGGCUGUUAAGAACGAAGAACGCAGCUCGCUCUAGUCCUUCCAGUAGCAGCCACCACCAGUACUAUCCCAUGCCCACCCCAGCACCGACGCCGUAAAAAUUCUCAUCCCGAGCAGCCGCAACGGGGGGGAUUUUGCAGGGGAAUAGUGGCAGCGGGUUUACCCCAUCCUCGUCGUCCCUUGCGGUGGAAAAUGAAAUUGCUUUCGGUACUGUUUCUGGAGGAGGUGGAAGACAGGAAAAACAGCAAGAAUAGGAAGUAAGUUGGCAGCGAAGGCCGUUCCUCGCUCGACGACUCCGCAACUGCCUGCAAGUACAAUCAGGAAACUACAGGAAGGUACCAUAUCAAGAUCUGUCCCUUUUAUAUGUGGUCCGAUGGGAUCCCGAGUUAUUUUUUUUUUCUAGGAACAACAAUGGAAAAUGUAACGUACGACAUCUCGCCUUCUACUCCUGGGAGACAAGAAGGCUGGUUAUAUUAGAAGAGAAGAUGACGCGCAGGGUGUACAAACAGAAAUAGAAACAUCAGCAUAUGGAUAUGCGUAGCCCUUAAUCUUAGCCGGAGAUGUAUUGUAGAGACGUGAAGACAAUCACAAUCAACGACUGGUAUAUCUAAUGCAACGACAUUUUGAUUUCGGUAUAAAUAUCGUCCGAGUCCUCCUAGACAAUCUAUCACGACCGAAAUAUUUAUCGAGAGCGCAAAUCCAACUGCUGGGGACAAUGUAGAUACCGAAAUAGUACUACCAAAUAUCAGAUAUCUAUCGGGUGAAAACUUAGACACAGGAUAACGAUAACAUUAACAUGCACUUGCACAAUUCGUAAUGACGAUAAAAUUGUAGCUCUUUAACAACCGGGACCAGCGCAAUAACCAUAGUCAAGGACAGCCACCUACUAUUGUCUGUAUGAAAACAAGCUACAAAUACAAUCUUCUUGUCAUGGACUUCUUUGACAAGGUGCGCUUGCACGUCGGCGCCUGCCGCGGUCGUACCAUUAUUUCUAAAAGCUUGUCUUGGUUGUCUAGGAUUGCGUCGCAACAAAGAUCAUGCAGAGAGAAGGCGUCUGCGAUGGGUCAUGGGGAUGGCGAUGAAUGCAAUGUCAUUAUGCCCUUAGUGUCAGCGGUCUGCAGUAACGCUAACCUUAUCCGUAACUACCUACACUAGAACUACUUGGGUUUUUCUUACGUGACAAUUACAAUAUUGCUUCAUUUCAUUAUGAUCUCUUUUUUUCUUGAGGACGCUGUGUUUGCAAGAGGGCAAGUUCGGUGAUACGUUUUAUCUUGUCACUCUCAGCUUCCUUAUUUGCAAGUGCUACCGAUGGCUCGCGCCGCAACUUUGUUCUAUGCUCGCCUUAACCAGAACUGAAGCUCGUGAGAUGCUGCAUUCAUCACUUGGGAUUCUGUAGAAAAGUUGGGUAUGCCAUCAGACAUGUAACAAUAAAGCCAAAAGUUAUGGUACCAAAGAAAAUUUUAACGCUCUAGGCUCCAUCGUUUCGAGCAGAUGAUUCUCAAAAAUAUUAGCUGUACAACUACUUCCAUUGCAUUUUUCUGUCAAUUUUGGUGCUAGACUUGCACUUGGCGUCGCCAGCAUGCGAUUCCGAUUCGCUACUGCCGCUAUUUCUAUUAUACUCUCGCAUAGAUUUUGUUGUGUUCUUGCC